AUGGUAUACUGCGCGGCGUUCGAUUGUAACAACGACUCGAGGUACACAACUGGUAUAUCCUACCAUUGCUUUCCGAGGGAUGAAGCUCUACGAUCACAGUGGCUGGCAAAGAUCUCACGAGCGGAUCUGGUCGUUUCGAAAAACUUCAGGUUGUGCUCAGAACAUUUUACACCUGACUGCUACGAACGAGACUUGAAAGCAGAAAUUCUUGGUUUGAAACCCAGAUCUACGCUAAAACCUGGUGCAAUACCCACGGUUUUUUCGCAUCGGAGACCAUCAAAAAGACCUCGACUUUCAUCGGAGAAACGUUCAGAAGAGAAAAUCAGAAAAGAA